AUGCUGCGCCGUCCGCAGGUGAUCUCACACGGGGAGGGCGGGGCGCUAGAGGUGCGCAUACCCCAGCGAAGUACUACCAGGACGGCACCUGCGGGUCGCUCCCCUCCCAGCAUCCCCUCCCAGCAAGCCCCUCCCGCGCAUUCCCUUCCAUGCAAGCGCCUCACAUCGGGUCGUGUUGCUUCUCAUCUGAGCUCCUCCCAUCCCCUUCCCCACCUGCUCUCGCUUCCAAACUCUCUUCCCAUUCCCCCCUCUGCCCUCCCCGCGCGACUCUCUUGCAAGCUAGCUUCAGUUCACCGCCCCAUAUCCCCCUUCCCCACUCCCAAUUCCCCCCUUCUCGCCCCCCUGCUCAACCCUCCCUCUCGCCCGACCCCUCCUUAUCCCACUCCACCGUGUGUCCCCUCACGCGACCUGCCCUUGCAGGCUUUAUUCACAGUGCCAGCCGCAUUGCUCCUGCCCUUCACUAUCUGCAUCUUUUUCGUAUUCAUCGUGUCUGCUAUCUUGGCGCAGGGCUGGAUGAGAGGCGCAACUCACACAGAGACCAUUGUCCUGUCACCCGAUUUCUUCACCAUCACCAUCACAUCCCUUGGCGCGGACAAGCACAGGCAGGGCAGCACGCCAUGGGUGCGAGCCAUCAUGGUGCGGGACUUGGACUCCCCACAGCCGCCGCCACUCCCAGUGCACAGCAUCGCUGCACACGGUCCAUUCCCUCCUGCCCCCGCCAUGCAGAGUCCAGAUGCUGCUGCCAGCCCAAGGGUGCGGGCAGGGUUUCAGCCAGAGCUGGUGUGUGCAAUUGUUGACGCGCAACAGGAGUACCAUUUUGGCAAGCUCCUGAAAAACGCAGAGAAGUACUGGGUGGUGGGCGAGCUGUCGCACGACUUGCAUACAAUGCGCAUGCACCCAGUGCAACUUAAUGUUUAG